AUGGACGUGCUCUUCGGCUGCUUCGAGGGCCGCGUCGUCUGCGCGGACGACGGCCUCGGGGAGCUGGAAGAUGACGACCGCGAAGUAACGGAGGAGCAGAGGGCGGGGCGGAGGGAGGGUCUUGUAUUUGAGGAUGCUAUUCCGGGCGUGCAGGCCGGGAAGAGGGCCGGCAUGAAUGUCGUAUGGGUACCUGACCCGAACCUCGUCGCUCUUGGUACGAAUGAUAACGCAGAUGCGACCACAUCACUCUCCACUGUUGAGCAACCAGACCAAACACUGAAGACGCUCGAGGAUUUCAAGCCCGAGGAAUGGGGGCUACCACCAUACGACCCAUAG